AUGCAAGAGGGUGGUGAGAACGCGCCAAAGAGAGGCGCGAAUGGGUUCGAAUUGCUUUUUACAGAGAUAUCUGAACUACUUCGUGACGACGAAGACAACGAGGGCAAGGCUCUCCGCCUAUUCACCAGCCCCGAGGUGGAGGACGGCCUAUCUUCCGAUCGCGAGUUGACGGCGACCACCUACGGAGUAAGUUUUGCGGGUAAAGCAGAUGAGAAAAAGAGACUUGGCGUUUUAUUCAUUUCUGAGAGGUGCUUGGUGCGAUAG